AAACUGGCAACAUAAUUACAGAACCUGAUAAGAUUAAAAUAACAAUACAGAAACACUUCAAAAACUGGACAAAGCUAAACCCUACCCAAACAGAAUUAUGGCAAGAAUGGGUUAACGAAUACAAACCUAUCCAAAAAAUAGACUCAACAUGGUAUGACACAACAACAACAGAAAUUACACCUAUCGAGCUAGAGAAUAUAAUCAAAGAAGCACCUAACACAAAGGCUACUGGACCCUCAAAGAUAUCAAAUAAAAUGCUAAAACAUUUUGGCCCUCAAGCAAAAACAAUGAUCCUAGACAUAUUCAACAAAUGCCUAAAACUACAUGAC